AUGGAACACCUAGAUGAUAAACUUCAGAAAGUUUUUGAUGAGAGUAUUUCCAGCGAACAAAAUGAAAUAGCCUUCAAAGAUACUAACAGUUACAAAACAAGAACGAAUACUCACCACAAUGAGGACCAUUAUAAACAAAAUAUUGAAGAACGACAACGAAUUUUAAAUAAGUACUACAACAAGAUAUUAGUUAAAAUAAUAAUACCUCAUGGCAUGAAACCAUCUGGUAUCGAAUACGAUAAUAAAUUUAAAACUUAUUACAAACCAUUAAUUAGAAUACACAAACAAAAACAAAACGAAUAUUUAAAAGCUAAUAAUGAGAUCAAAUUGAAACAUUUUAAGCUAAAGGAAAUCAAAGAUGACAGAGACAGUGACUUAUUAUUACCAUUCAAAUUAUCAACGACUAAAAUGACAGGCAACGAAUUUGAGGUUAUAAAAAACAUUGAAGAUAUAAUUAAAAGCAUUGAAUCUAGAACGCAGAGACUACAAGCGUACGAUAAAGUUAUUAAACUACUUAAAAAUAUGUUAAGAAGUCCACAGUUUGAAAAAUCUGGUGAGGUCAAUGAUCCUUUUGCUCCUGGUAAGGUUUUGUCUGUAGAUGGAGAAACGGUUACAGAUAAAAACAAAGUUUGGAUACCGCAUUACCCGCCAUGGAAUUAUUGGACGUAUAAAAAGAACCUUCACCAAGACGUAUGCCCCGGAGAUCAAGUGAAACUUGGAAAUAUUUGUAUAUGGACUCCACCACACUAACAA